AUGGCGUCACUUCUCAAAGUUCUACUCAUUCUCUCGUCUGCUAUCAUGCAGCAAGUAUCGUUCACACCCCCAAACGUCCCCUCGAGUAAUGAGAUUAUUCGCCCAACGUUUAAUGAGCGGGUCUUCACUCGACUUAUUAUAUACGGGUUCCCGACUAUCCAGGCAAUAUACUGGAUUUUUUCUUUCACAGAGAUCGCCAUCAUAGUCUCUCACACAACAGACUAUCUGUCUGUUAUACAGUCCAUCACACAGCACGCAGUCGGCCACAGGAUUUAUGACACGCCCAUUACUUUCCCCUUCAUUUUGGGCACCACACUUGCUGUCGCAGGGGGUCUCAUCCGCUGGUGGUGUUUUCGCACCCUCGAUCGCUUUUUUACAUUCCAACUCAGUGUCCGCAAAGGACAUCGUCUCUUCACGACCGGACCAUACGCUGUCGUACGCCAUCCAUCAUACACAGGAGGUUUUAUGCAGCUGUUUGGCAUGAUAAUCCUGCACGGAUCGCCCACUUCAUGGCUUAGACACUCCGGAGUUUUAGAUAUUCUUGGACUCAAAUUGGCAGCGGUGGUAUGGCUUACAGGGAUGACACUUGUUUCCAUAAACAUCCUGUCCAGAAUUAGCGAAGAAGAUGAAGCACUAAAAUCGGCUUUCGGGGAUGAGUGGGCGAGGUGGGCGAAGGCAGUCAAAUACCGACUGAUACCUGGCAUCUACUGA